GAAUCAGGAGUCAGACUGCUCUCUGCUGGACUGGAGGAUCCACACCUCAGACUGGAGAAACUCAAUGUGGAACAUGGUGGAGAGAACACAAUGAACCCCGGGCUUAGAAAAUAUGUCUGUGAUCUCACACUGGACCCAAACACAAUAUACAGACAGCUCUCUCUGUUUGAGGAGAACAGAAAGGUGACACAUAUGGGAAAGUUCCAUCCAUAUCCUGAUCACCCAGAGAGGUUUGAGAAAUGUGGAGAGGUGCUGUGUAGAGAGAGUCUGACUGGGCGCUGUUACUGGGAGGUAGAGUGGAGUGGGAGAGGAGAGGAAAAGUGGAGUGGGAGAAGGGUUGAUAUAGGAGUGACAUAUAAAGGAAUCAGCAGGAGAGAAGGGGGUGAGGACUGUUGGCUUGGAUACAAUGACAAGUCCUGGAUUCUGCGCUGCUCUGACAACAGUUACUCUGCCUGGCACAAUAAUAAUUCCACUACCAUAGACGUCCCCUCCUCCAGCUCCCACAGAGUUGGAGUGUAUCUGGACUGGCAAGCCGGCACUCUGUCCUUCUAUAGAGCCUCCUCUGACACACUGACCCACCUGUACACAUUCCACACCACAUUCACUGAGCCCCUCUAUCCAGGGUUUCAUCUUUGGGGUUGUGGCGUCUCAGCGUCCCUGUGUCAGGUGGAUCUGAGUAACAAUGACCUGAAGGAUUCAGGAGUGGAGCUGCUCUCUGCUGCACUGGAGAAUCCCCACUGUAAACUGGAAACUCUGAGAUGUCUGUGAUCUCAGACUGGACCUAAACACAGUAGACAGACACCUCUCUCUGUCUGAGGAGAACAGAAUGGUGACAUGUAGGACAGAGGAGCAGCCGUAUCCUGAUCACCCAGAGAGAUUUGAGGACUGUGAACAGGUGCUGUGUAGAAAGGGUCUGACUGGGCGCUGUUACUGGGAGGUAGAGUGGAGUGGGGGGGCUUAUAUAGGAGUGACAUAUAAAGGAAUCAGCAGGAGAGGAGGGGGUGAUGACUGUUGUCUUGGAUACAAUGACAAGUCCUGGAGUCUGCUCUGCUCUGACAACAGUUACUAUGCCUGUCACAAUGAUAAUCACACUACCAUAGACGUCCCCUCCUCCAGCUCCCACAGAGUAGGAGUGUAUCUGGACUGGUCAGCCGGCACUCUGUCCUUCUAUAGAGCCUCCUCUGACACACUGACCCACCUGAUCACAUUCACCUCCACAUUCACUGAGCCCCUCUAUCCAGGUUUUAGGGUUCAUUAUAACUCCUCAGUGUCCCUGUAAAUAAUAACAUGACACACACACACACUGACACACACUGACACACACACACUGGAGACACACACACACAUUGGACAAACACAGACACACACACACACUGGACUCACACUCACACAUUGGACACACACACGCACACUGGACCCACACACACACUGGACCAACACACACUUUGGGCCAGUUUAUUCCUGUAAAUACACUGAACAAAAAUAUAAACUCAACAUGUAAAGUGUUGGUCCCAUGUUUCAUGAGCAGAAAUAAAAGAUCCCAGAAAUGUUCCAUACACACAAAAUGCUGUUUUCUGUCAAAUGUUGUGCACAAUUUGUUUACAUCCCUGUUAGUGAGCGUUUUUAGUUUUCCAAAAUAAUCCACCACCUGACAGGUGUGGCAUAUCAACAAUCUGAUUAAACAGCAUGAUCAUUACACAGGUGCACCUUGUGCUGAGGGCAAUAAAAGGCCACUCUAAAAUGUGCAGUUUUUUCACAUAACACAAUACCAGAGAUGUCUCUAGUUUUGAGGGAGUGUGCAGUUGGCAUGUUGACUGCAGGAAUGUCCAACAGAGAUGUUGCUAGAAAAUUGAAAGCUAAUUUCUCUAAAUCACCUUGAAGGUUGGUUUAUAGAAUUUGUCAGUAUGUCCAACCGGCCUAAAAAAGCAGACCACAUGUAUGGCGUCAUUUGGGUGAGCGGUUUGCUGAUGUCAACGUUGUGAACAGAGUGCCUUAUGGUGGUGGUGAGGUUAUGGAAUGGGCAUAAGCUACAGACAGCAAACACAAGUGCAUUUAAUUGAUGGCAAUUUGAAUGCACAGAGAUACUGUGAUGAGAUCCCAUUGUCGUGCCAUUCAUCCGCACCCAUCACCUCAUGUUUUAGUAUGAUAAUGCACCGCCCGAUGUCGCUGAACACAUUUCCUGGAAGCUGAAAAAAAACUGUUCUUCCAUGGCCUGUAUACUCACCAGACAUGUCACCCAUUAAGCAUGUUUGGGAUGCUCUGGAUAGACGUGUACGACAGCGUGUUCCAAUUCCCGCCAAUAUCAAGCAACUUUGCACAGCCACUGAAGAGGAGUGGGACAACAUUCUACAGGCCACAAUCAACAGCCUGAUCCUCUCUAUGUGAAGGAGAUUUGUCUUGCCAUGAUCAGAAUGUCUCUGUCUAUUUCCAGCCCUGCCAUUUCUACCUGUCCUGAUCUAGUGUUUGACCCCUGACCUCCUCACACCGUCUCACUGUCCAUGUCUGCUUUUAGCUCCCACCUCUACUUCACUGUGUUAUAAUGGACCAUAUGGUUAUGUCACCUCUGUAACCAGCUAUCAAACAUACUGACCUUUCUGACCCUAUCCCAUGGCCCUACUUUCUAGAACUAAACAUUUAAAGUCCUCUGAGUUUUGCUUAGUGUCCAUUUACUUAUGUAUUUGCCGUGUAUUGGAAUUGUGCCGCAGAGAAUCAUGGGGGUUUGUUUGUGUUGUGAUGUUCACGUUCCAGAUAAAUGGUUGAACUGA